AUGGUCAUAAUUUUUUUUCCAGCACCACAAGACCGUAAAAGACAACAUUUUGCUUCUGCACAAGAGGCGGCAAGAAAGGAUGUCGAACGUGCAUUUGGAGUACUUCAAGCGCGAUUUGCAAUUGUGCGUGGACCUGCACGUUUUUUCCACCUUGAAACGCCUAAGGACAUUAUGAUGGCAUGUAUAAUAUUGCAUAAUAUGAUCGUUGAAGAUGAGCGACAUACUUACCUUGGAGCAAAUGACUUUGAUUAUGAUCAAAUCGAUAAUAGUGGACCUGAACCGGUGUCACAUAAUCCAACUUGUAACCUUAUGCAGUUCAUUGAACGCCAUAAUUCCAUUAGAGAUAGAGGAAUUCAUUCUCAACUUCAAGCGGAUCUCGUCGAGCAUCUAUGA